GAUUCGAAUCGAACGUUCAUACACGCAGAGAAUACUGCAGCAACCAAUCAGCGGUCUAGGAAAGCGUGGAAUUGAACGUUGAGGAACCUCCGGCUUCCCCCCUACCCACCCCGAUUCUCUCCACAUGCUCCUCCCCUGGAUGCUGUUGUUUGUGGUGGUUUAGCUGCCGAGGAUCUACGAGAGGGGAAGGGGAAAUAUCAACAUAGCCUUGUUCCUGCCGACUGAAGCUAGAGAGGCCGAGAGGCGGCUUGGCUCGAACACGGCGAGGGUUAGCAUAAAUCCUCCGGAAUAAAGAAGCUGCCUGGCGUUUCGGGGUGGAAGAGGAGAAGGAGAAGAAGCCUUUGUCGAUUUUUUCCUCCCCCAAAACACGUACUCCCGCCGCCACCACCUUGAGUGCGUUCGGCUCUCCUCCUCCGUUCCGUGUUGUGGUUUCGCUUCUUUCGCCAUGUCGGUGAAUAUGGAGGAGCUUCGGCAUCAAGUCAUGAUUAACCAGUUCGUGCUGGCUGCGGGCUGUGCGGCGGAUCAAGCGAAGCAGCUACUGCAAGCUGCACAUUGGCAGUUUGAGACGGCUUUGAGUGCAUUUUUUCAAGAAACCAACAUUCCCAACACCCAUCACCAUCAUCAAAUGAUGUGCACACCCAGCAAUACUCCAGCCACACCACCCAACUUCCCAGACGCUCUAGCAAUGUUCUCCAAGCUGCGGACUUCAGAGAAUCUCCAGAGCAGCAAUAGUCCUAUUACGUCCAUGGCAUGUUCUCCUCCAGGGAGCUUUAGCCCCUUUUGGGCUUCUUCGCCUCCCAACCACCAACCUGCCUGGAUCCCUCCUUCAUCACCAACCAGUCACAACCUCCACCAUCACCUCCACCAUCAGCAGCCCAUGUGGCCUCCUGUGUCUCAGCCAGGGCCCCCUCAGCAGAAAGCCAUGGCGGCAAUGGAUGGCCAGAGAUAAGACUUAACAUUUUUGGAAUGGGAAAGAAGAUGGGGCGGGGGGAAGAGGAUAUGGCAAAUCUGAGGGAGGCAUGGGAAAUGGGAGGGGGCAUUUUUUUUUCUGAAGAUCGCACUGGAAUAUUUUAUAGUUUUUUUUUUUAAAUUGAUGAUAUAUCAUCAGUUAUCCCCAUGGUCCUUUUCUUCUUUUUCUUCUUUUCUUCCCCUAUCCGCUCUUCAGGAGAGUUAAUAACUGGUCUCUUCUCUUUUUUAAAAAGAAAAAAAUAUAUAACUAUAAUAUAUAAAUAUAUAAAUAUAUCUAAUGUAUAUACAUCACAAAUGAAAGCAACGGAAUUGCAAAGAUCCAGGUGGUAUUCUAAGAACGCUGCUUGGAAAGAGAGGCAGCUGCGUUGAAAACUGAAUAGAGGUGCCUCCCUUGAAACAUGUAGGUGUGCGUGAGGAGAGGGAGGGCUUAGAAAUUGGGGCUCCCUUGUUUUUGUUGUCCUUUCCUUUUCCCUUUGGUUCCCAGGGGUGGGGCAAUACCUGUAGCAGCUAGAUGGUUGAGGGGCCUUGGGCAAUGAGUUACUGAAGGAAGCCACAUACCCAAAAUUAUAGCUGCCCUUGUCCUUGUGGGAAGGGACCAGGGCUGGUGUGGGAAGAAGUUGCAGCUGAAACACGGGGACUUCAGAGGGCCUGUUUGACAGAGGAUAACCUGCUGAAGGAAUCCAGCACCCCACCUUCCUCUCUGUCAGCUAGGGGUGAUUCUUUUGUUGUUAAUUUUCUGCUGCAGAGGCUGCUCCACAGAGUUUUCCUGUGGGCCACAGGAGAAUCUGGAAAGAAAUAAUGGAAUAAUGCACAAUGCCUCUGUUAUUAGACAGUUUGGGGGCUUCCUCUUCAAAUAGCAUGUUGAGUUUGGCCCACAACUUUGUGUACACAUAAGAAGUCUAUUUUUGCUCUAAUGUCUUGGACAGGAGCUAAUAUAUGUGCACUCUAACAAAAUAAUUUUGAUAGCCAGCUCUUUCUCCCUGUGCAGGCUGGGUUUUUUUUUUUUUUCUCCCUUGCUGCUGUUCUGUUCUGUUCUGGUUUUUUUUUCUUUUAAGAAGGGGGAAGAUGCUCUAACUUGGAUAUAAAUUUUUAUCCACACUCCCCCACUUUGGCCUAUUGAAACUUUCAUGAUGGCUGCAACAGGUACAUCCCAAAUCACUGAAACUUGUAUCUUACCAUGAGUCUUUUCUUGCCCUCCCUCCCUCCCUCCCUCCCUUCUUUUUGGAAAAAUCUCUUCAACUCUCAGGCUGAUUCCCUUUAAAAAGGACAAUGUUUAAGCAUUGGGGAGGCUAAUCCUGAAGGGAAACAGCUUAAAUUUUCAAAGGCAUAUACACCACAGAGACAUGAGCUAUUCCAGAAGAUGGAUCUGUUGAAGGAAGGCUCCUGAAUGCUCCCUUCAAUCCAGUGGCAGGCCAAGAGUUGAGGUUCUACAUUUUUUAGGUUUUAAAAUCAGAAUCUUGCUUAAACAGGUUGAAGGUUUUUUAUUAAUUUAAAAAUAAAAAAAAACACUUUU